GAGCAUAUGUUGUGCAGGAGAGCAGUGAGAAGAAAGCUGGUGAAAGUUUUACCACAUGGUGCCUUGUAAACUGAGCAGUUCCGCUUCCRUCCACUAGGGGGACGAGGGCUGGGACCAGUGAGUCCGCCGCUGGCCCUCAGUCGCCGCCCCUUCCUCUGUCAAGCGCUUUUCAAAAUCCGCUACAAACCUCUGGAGGAUGAUUGUACAGCCAGGGGGACUCGAGGAAGCGAGUCAAGAAGACUUUUUGUUUUGUUUUGUUUUGUUUAUCCGCACUCUGUAAUGUUUCUCAGUAAGAAGACGCCUCUAACCUCACACUGACGGUCUGUCAAGGAUAAAUGAACUUCCAGGAGAAACACGGCGCUGUCAGCAGAGAAAUGUUGUAAACUUUUUUUUUUUUAUUCCACCCCAAAUAUUCGCGUCCGAAAAGGAGACGCCUGCUAACCGAGUUUGGGGGCUUCGGGCAGGCUGCUGUCCUGUGGGAUGGAUGACGGCCGAGGGCAGGACGACUACGAGGAGCGCCUGAAGGAAGUCUUUAACAGUUUCGACACAAGUGGCUGCGGCUCCCUGAGUCCGGAGGAGCUCUCCGACCUCUGUCAGUCUCUGCACCUGGACGAUGCCGCGCCAACUCUCAUCCACACUCUGCUCCAGAACCAAGACCACUUCACUGCCAGGGUCGACUUUGACCAGUUCAAGCACGCUCUGAUCCUGGUUUUGUCAUCGACCACUGAGCCUCCUCAAGCCGAACAGGAACCCUCGCCAAAGCCAGAGUCUCCCGAAAUCCAACCAAAGUUUGUGAAGGGCAGCAAACGUUAUGGCCGCCGCUCCACGCCAGAGUUCCUGGAGCCCUUUUCAGACUUGUCUGAGGUUCCUAACGUUAACCCGGCCGAUGAGGACGACUUGGAGGACAACUAUGACUCUGCUGUUCCCAGGAAGCGUGAGCGCUGGAAUGCCCAUGAAAGCAGCACAGAGGAGUACGAGGCAGAAGGCCAAAUGCACCUGUGGAACCCAGACGAGCCGAGCAGACCCCGGGGGUCCGUCGUUCCCCGCUUGCAGGAGCGGCUGCGUGAAGCUUGCGAGGAGCUGGCGAUGGCGUGGGACGGAUGUGCUGCUCCCUCUGAACUGCUGGCCUUGUGUGAACAUUUGGGUCUGGAGGCUAACCGUGACGCUCUCAGUCUCACUGACGACGGAGUGAUGAAUGUCCAAGAGUUCGUCUCCAGGGUCGUGAACAACAAACCGCUAACUCCCUCCGCCUCCACUCCCUACAGGCAACUUAAACGACAUCACUCGACUCAGCCGUUCGACGAGGGCGGCCGAAGGAUCUCGGCUCUGACCAGCACCAUCGGCAUGCGUCUGUUCUCGACACUCGACGACGGGAGCGGCUUCACGCCGGCCGAAUACGUCCUGGACGCCUGGAUAGAGGAGGGGAUAGAAAACAGCGCCGAGAUCCUGCAGGCUUUGAAUUUUGAUCUAGAAGGAAAACUGAGUCUCGGCGAACUCACCGUGGCCCUCGAAAACGAGCUGCUCAGCACCAAGAAUCAAGUUCACCAAGCAGCGCUAGCGAGCUUCAAAGCCGAGAUCAGAUACCUGCUGGAGCGAGUCGACAGAGAAAUCCGAGAGAAGGCAAAAAUCCAGUCUGAUCUGGAAAAAGCGGAGAAGCAGAAGACUCAGCUCGCCACAGAAGUGGACGAGCAUCACUCUGCGAUAGAGCACACAAACAACCUCAACCUCAGGAAGCUUGAGCAGGACUACAAGGAGAAGCUGACGGCCGUCCGGUCGGAGCUGACGAAGGAGAUGGACCAGAUGCAGCAGCAGGCGGGCCUGCAGCGCGAAGAACUGGAGGCGGAGAUCCGGAAGAUCCGGGAGGAGGAAUCAUUACUCAGAGAUCACCUCUCCAUCUCGGUCAAGGAGAACAGGCGGCUCGAGACGGAAUUGCUCGACAGCACCGAAAAGCUAACAGAGGCACAAAGCCAAAUAGCCAAACUGCAGGAAAAUUUGGAGAACAUCAUGAAAGACAAGUUUGGAGACCUGGACCCCGGCAGUGCCGACUUCUUUCUCCAGGAGGAGCGAAUCAAACAGCUGCGCUGCGGCUACGAAGCACAAUGCAGGGAGCUGCAGGACCGUGUCGACGAGCUGCAGUCGGAGCUGCGGGAGUUUCACAGUCUUGGCCGAGCUCACGAUUCUGCCGGCAAACCUCUGUCCGAGGAGCUGGAGAGCAAAAGCCCCGGCACAGAGUCCGACCCAGGUAUCGGUCCAGACGAGGUCCAGCCUUUCAGCGUGAGCCUGGAAGCUGAGAUGAUGCUGGAGCAGCUGAAGGAGCAGCACUUACAGGAAAUGGAGCGAUUGCAAAACCAACUUCAAAGCAAGAUCUCUGAAUUUGAAAUGACUGUGGAAGAGCAGGAAGCGACCCACAAGGACCAGAAAGCCGCCCUGAUCCUCCAGCACCAGGAGGAGGCCCAGGGUCUGAGGGAGCAGCUGGCCGGAGCUCAGAGCCUCGCAGAGCGGCUUCAGAACCAGCUCCAGCAGGCGGAGCAGGACCGGACCCGUCUGGAGCAGAAGCAGGCCGCCGAGAGAGAGGAGCUCCAGAACCAUCAGGAAGACGAAGCCGCAAACCUCAGACAGCAGCUCCUGGAAGCUCACACUCAGAUUGCCGACCUGGAGGACCAGCUGAACUCUCUGGAGAGCCAGCAGGCAGAGAUGGAGGAAAACCUCCUGGCCAAGAUGGAGGAGCUGAAGAACCAACACGCCGCGGAGGUCAGCAAGCUGACGGAGGAGCUGACACGGCUGCAACGGCAAAAGGACGAGUCGGAGCGGAGGUUACUGGACGACUGGGAGCAGGAAAAGAGAGACCUGGAGGAAAGCCACCAGAACAAACUCCAAAUCCAGCUAGAGGAGGCAAAGCUGCUGUUUGAGAAGGAGCAAAGUGAAACGGUGAAGACGUUGACGGAGCAGUGGCAGGAGGAGAGAGCGCAGCAGGACGAGCAGAACAGCAAGACUCUGCAGCUGCUGCUGGAGGAAGAGAUGCUGCGACUGGUCAAGGAGCAAGAGGAGAAGGAGGACCAGCUGAGGGAGCGCUGGGCGAGCGAACGGGCGCUGCUCGAAAAGGAGAGGCUGCAGCUACAGGAGCAACUCCAGCAGAGGGAGAGGCGGCUGAAGGAAGACUGGGAGAGGGAGAGGCUGCAGCUGGAAGAGGACUAUGAAGGGAUGAUCCAGGAGAGGCUGAAGGAGGAGAAAGAGAAGCUAGAGGCCGAGAGAGAGGAGGAGGACGAGAGGAGGACGGAGAAGCUGAUGGCGGAGGAGAGGGAGCGGCUGGAGGAGAGACACGGAGAGGCUCUGAGGAAGCUCAGCAACAAGCAUACCGAGGAGAGGGACGCGCUCAGCGCAGCGCUGGACCGACUGAGAGAGGACAUCGCCAAAGAGAGGAAGGAAGUUGAGCUCAGCUUCACCCAGAGAAUCAGAGAAGCAGAAGAUCGAUUCUCCUGUGAUCAGGAGUCUGCGGCGGAGCGCUUUCAGGCCCAACUCCUCCAACUCGAACGGCGCUACCAAAGCGAGCUGACGACCCUCUCCGAAAGCCACGCCGUGCAAAAGCUGCACUGGGAAGUAGAAAUGCAUAAAGUUGUAGAGGGCGCGGAAGAACGAUGGAAAACAGCGGAGGAAGCCUUGGUGCAGGAAAAAGAGCGACUCGAUCGGGAGCGGAAAAACGAGCGACGAGAGCUCGAAGGCAUCCACGGCGAAGAAACGGAAGCGCUGAGAACGGAGAACGAGCGACUCUGUAACGAACUGGAGGACGCUCUGAGCGCAGCCCAGAGGAAGGAAAUCGAGCUCAGCAUGCAGCUGAACGACCUGCACGGCCGGCUCCAGGAGAAACGCCAGCUGCUUGCCCGGUCCGAGGACAAAGUCCUGCAGGCGGAGCUGCUGCUCAAUCAGACGGUGGAAGACUUCAAGCAGGAGAGGGCCGAGCUUCUCGGCAGCAACUCGGAGCUGCAGGCGAAACGCGACGAGGCGCUUUCCAGUGCGGAGAGGCUGGUCGCCGAGAGGAUGCUGCUGGUAACCGAGCGCGAUGACUUGCAGGUGAAAGUCGAAGAGCUUGAGACGCUUCUCAAGCAGGCGGCUCUGGACUUUGAGCUGGAGCGGAAGGAGAUCCUGGAGAAUCUGACAGUUCUAGAGGAGAAGCUGAGAGACGCUCGGGAAGUCGAGGCGCUCAGAGCGGAAAGAGACGUUCUUAGAAGCAAACUGGAGGAGCUGCAGGCUGUAUCCAGUACAAACGGAGARGAAUCAAACUGUCUAAAUGUACUUAUAAAGAAUCAAGAUGACGAAUCGUGUCGAGCUCAGUCCGAUCAGGAUGAAGACGUAUUAGAGAGAUGCAUACAUGCCGAUCAGGAACUUGACAAUGGCGAUUUUGCCACCAUUGAGGACCAAGCUGACGAGCAGGACGGCCAAGACGGAGCGAAUAAAAACCAGGAAAACUGUUGCGUUUUCAGUGACAACAAAGUUGGUGAUUCUCCUGAUGAGAAACACGAUUAUUUAGUUGAAAACAAAUGCCAACCAGUUUCCCACGAGAAUCGGGGCAAGGACGCCUCUCCGCUUCUGGCUUUUUCUGACAAAGAUAAAGCAGCUGCUGAAUGGCCCGACCAGGCGACCGAACCGCAAGAGGACGGCAGAAGCUGUCUGCACGAAGAUCAGCAGCGUCAUGAGACUGGGGUUGUGGGUCUAAUGCUGCAGGAGGCGGCAGGUGAUCCAGCUGAGGUUGAUUGUUUAUCAGAUGGCUCUCGCAGCCUACAGGAAGGGGGUGAAAACCGGGACAAAUCCAUGGGAACCAUUAGAGUAUUUGACUGCGAGAACCAGGAGAGUCCUGCUCUGAACCUGCAGGACUUGUACGACACCGCCAGGGAGGAGAACGUUCUGCUGCACGAGAAGAUCGCCCUGCUUCAGCAGAAAUCCGAAAUACUAGAGAGUCUGCUGGCGCGCCACAGCGAAAAGCUGAAGAGCAGCCACCGGGCUCUGGAGGAAAACUCCAAGCUCAAAGUGCAGGCGCUGCUGCUGAUGGAGCACGUGAGGGAGCUGCAGGCGAAGAGCCUGAGGAUGGCCGACCUCCAGAUCCGGUACGAGGACUGUGCGUGCGAGAACGCCAAGCUGAGAGACCAGAACGAGGCACUGGAGAAGCGGGUCUGGAGCCUGGAGAGCAGGCUGGACGUCUUCCGCGAGUUCAGCGACCGGCGCCCCUCGCUGGUGGACGAGAUCGGCAGGAUGAGGGCGGAGAACGUGGAGCUCUUUCACCUGCUGAGCCAACUCGAGCGGCAGGAGGACGGGCUGUCAGACUCCGACGCCGAGCCGGCGGAGGUACACUCGGACAAGCCUCCUCCGCAGCGAGAGGAGAAAUCCCCGGCGGGGUUUGACGUCGAGGAAUGCUGCAGGGAGUUCGAAGAGCAGAACAAUAAACUGCGCAAGACCAUCGCAGAGCUGCAGGACGAGUCGCAGAUAAUAAGCAAAACCACUCGAGCUCAUAGAUACAAAGCUACUCGACUAGCAGAGGAAAACGUCUGUCUGCAAAAAAACAUCGCCGCUCUGAAGGAAGGCGACUUGAAGGAGGCCAAGGAUGAGUUGAUACAAACCUUGAAGCAUUUGGAGAAAGGGAAGCAUGCAGCUCAACAAGCCGCCGACAGUUUCAAUAAACAGGUUUCAGAGUUGCAUUCCCAGAGCCAGCAGCUGGAGGACGACAACGGGCAGCUGGAGGACGACAACGGGCUCCUGGUGGAGAGAAACGCCCAAAGUGUCGCCGACAUCGAGAGCCUGCGAGAGCAGCUGGCGGAGCUGAUGAAGGAGAGCGAGACGAGGGAGGCCCUCCACUCCAAGGAGAAGACCAAGAUGGCAGCUUGUGUGUCUGCUCUGGAGGCAGAGUUUGACAAAGCUCUGAAGGAGUCCACUCAGCUGAAGGAGAGAAAUGGCCAGCUCUCACAGCAGCUCUCUGGCCUCAGGGAGAAGGCCUUCCAAGUGGAAUCGAUGGAGACUCGGCUCAGCAGUCUGGUAGAGGAGUGCAGGACGGUGGAUAAGGAGAGUGCCGGUCUGCGCAGCCAGCUGGCUAAAGCUCAAGAGCAGCUGGUAUCUGCAGAUGAAACCUUCAAGGUGGUGAACCGGCAGAGCGCCCGCCUGAAGUCAGACCUCCGUGUUCUGCAGCAGGAGAGGGAUUCCCUGAAGCACGAGGUCGCAGUGCUGCACAUGCAACUGCAGAAUGCAAAUGAGAAGAACCAAAUUUUGGAGAGGGCCCUACACUCCAGCGGCAAACAGAAACAGCAGAACCAUUCCUCCUUCCUGAAGGCCUUGGAACAGGAGCUGGAAGCAAAAGCCGAGCUGCCACGGGGCUGCGACGCUGAGCAAAGCCACGCAGAACUGGACAGUCUUCUGCAAGAAAACGAGUCACUCAAGACACAGAUGGCUCGAAUGUCAACACACAUGAUGGAGUCGUUUCACGCGCAGUACGGCGGACAUCUUCCUCCAUCGCCUCAGAGGGGGCCGAGGGGACAGCAGCGUGGUGACGACCCAGACAACAUGCAGGAUGAACGAGAGAGGAAGAUGAAGAAGAUGGCGGAACGCAUGAGGGAAAUCGAACUUUCACUCCAUAACGUCAAGCUGCUGCUAAAGGAGAAGGUGACUCAGCUGAAGGACCAGCUGCACAGGAACGGCAAAGCAGACGUGCUGAUCAAGGACCUGUACAUGGAGAACUCUCAGCUGAUCGAGGCUCUGGAAAUAACGGAGCAGCGGCAGAAAAUCGCAGAGAAGAAGAACUACCUGCUGGAAGAGAAGAUCUCCAGCCUCAACAAGAUAGUGCGGGACCUAAACCCGUCGACGCUCUCGUCGCUGCCGUACAACUACAAAUGCCCGUAACGCGUCACUCGACACGUUUGAAGGAGUUGGUUGUGUCAACUUUGAGUAAGCGCUGAACGUAUGCGAACCACAGGGACACUUGUGCAACAGAUGCAGCCAGAUGCAGGACAAUUGGAAGGCUCAGACUCAUGUAAACGUCGCUGCUAAAUAUGCAGGAUCUCUAUUUGUUUUAUCCUUAACCGUAGCAGGUCGACAGACUUGAGUUUUUGAUUAACCGAAUACGAGGUCAAACGGUUGGCUAGUCAUUUAUUUCGUAGUAAUUUAUCAUUUUAAAACAAUUUUUAAGCUGAAAAGUUGGCUACAAAUAGGAAAACGAUCCCACCUUUGCAUAUUCUGUACUGUCUCUGUCCAAAGAGAAAAGCAACAUUGAUGUAAAAUGUGUGUCUGUGUUGGUCCUGUAGACACAAUGUUAAGAACGAACAGGAAGUAAAAUCAUGGACAGAAUCAUCAGUUUUGUAAUGCAGACAAUGUUUUUGCUUUUUAUUUAACACUACCUGAAACUAUGUGGACUAUAAAAGUCUCGUGUGGCAAUACUUAACAUUUAUUUAAUUAUAAUUAAGGGGGGAAAAAUGCUAUAAUCUGUUGCAAUAUGUAAAGUUGCCAUCAUUAAUGUGUUUGAGCUGAAAUGAUCUGUUACAAGUGCAAAUAAAAUGUAUAGCAUUCUGAUA